ACGUCAGCGUCACAUUCUAAGCUCGGCAAAAGGCGGAACCGGUCAGUAGCAAUCGGUCAUCAAACAACACAACAUCGAGUAAACAAUGGGCUCCUGGACUCGUCCCCCUACCGUCGCUUACCCCCGGGUUUGGCUUACCUUCGAGUCACGUGACGUGGACGAACCGGUCGGUAGCGGUCGGUUGGUGAAGUACCGCGUUCAGGAUUUACCGCUCGAACGCGUUGAAGAUGCAAUCGAACACAUGAAAAAGUUUUUCCUUCGUGAUGAACCAAUGUGCAGCAGUGUGGGACUGUACAAGGAUCCGGUGGGACUGGAAGAGUUUAGCGAGCUUUGGCGGAAAGUUGCCGCCCAGAAGUGCGCGGUCGUUUGCUUCCGAGAGGGAUCGGAUGAAAUUGUCGGGCUCAACAUGUUGACGGUUGUUUCGAAGGAUUCCCCGAAGGAGUAUAAGUUUAAAAGCGCCGGUCUGCAAAUGGUGACCGAGUCGUACGGAGGAAUUUUGAAGCAAGCUGAAAUUUUCGAAAAGUACAAUGUGGACCACUAUCUGUCGGCUUGGGGACUUUCCGUCAGUCCCAAAUACCGCGGACGGGGAGUUGCGACGGAGCUGCUCCGGGCACGGAUUCCGCUCUGUCGAGCGAUGGGACUGCGGGUGACGGUGACGUUGUUUUCGCACCCUGGAUCACAGAUACCGGCCGCGAAGGUUGGAUUCUACGAUGAGAUUGUGGUGACAUAUCAGCAGUUGGCGGAACAGGGCUAUCACUUUCCGGGUGUUACUCACGAGUUGAACAAGCUAAUGACCAUGACGGUGGAGUAGAACGAGAAUUUAUCGGAAAUUUUGAAACACGUGGUAGUUAAUUAUUCGCGGGUGGACCAAAGGGUAAACCAAAGUUGAACACUUUUUUUUGACAGGUACCUGCUUAAUUAUUUUGUUCAUUGCUUAAGACCAACGAGUAGAGAAUGUAGUAAAGCACUGCAGAAAUGAUAGUUUGAUGUCAUCAAAACAAA